CAUGGUUCAUAUAAUGGCUACUUUUGUCUUGAGAAGUGUUUCAUUUGCUAGUGCCAGACUAGCAUUAUCCUACCAAUGGAGAAAGAAUGGUCCUAUUUCAAUUUCUACACUUUCAUCAAAAAUACGUUUCCGUAUGAUUAGCUCAUCAAGUUCAAAGGUUGAUGCUCACACUGAGGAUGAUGGGUUAGCUACACCUAUGGAAAUGAUCGAGGCAGCAUUACCAAGCCUAUGCAUAGCAGAACUGAAGAUGAUUCCUGCUAGGCUUUAUUUUAGCAAAAAAGAUUACAACCUUCCAGAAAAUGCGUUCACUCUGAUGAAUGAUGGAACAAUAGAGGUGCUGGAAGUAAGAGAUGAUGAUGAUCCUCAGCUCUGUUAUGAGAAAGGUAGUUUCGCCAAGUUUGUGACAAUGAAAAUAAAGGGAAUUGAAGAGACUGUAAAUCUCCAUUAUUUAAUGCAUGACACAAACUAUGACAAACUCUUCGAUCAGUAUUAUGUGCUCGAGCCGAAGAUGGAAAUUUCAAUUAGUAUUGGCAGUUGUCGUUUUUUCUUUGCUAGUGAAAGUCCCUUGAGUGAAAAGUAUGAUGCAGGGAGCUAUGAGGUCCUGAGUCAACUUCACAAAGCACUUGGAAUUCCAGAGGACAAAACAAAACAGAUGAUCUACCCUCUCGUAUAUCCAUACAUACUUAGGUCAUAUAAUGCACCAAAAGUACUACCAUUACAGUGUUAAUUCAGUGCUGAUUUAGCUACAAAAUGACAUUAUUUGAAUAAUCAUUGAUCCCAUGUUUGAAUUAGAUGCA